CACAGUAACAUCAAUAUUGUAGAUCAACUGUGUAAAACCUAGCUAAUUCUGAUCAAUAUAAUGAUUUAAGAUAAUUCCAAAGGAGCAUAAUGAAAAAUGAUAUCCACCUCUAGGACAGAAUUGAUGAAAACUGCAGAUUGAAGGGGGUCGUAAGGGGCUGGUCCCCAGCAGCUGGCAGCCCAACGUGGGGCCUGAGCGACCACCGGACAACUGAGGAAAAGUUCGGCGCCGAAACCGAGGCUACAGUAACGGGUAGGGAUCGGACGAUCCUGAGGAAAAGGGUAAGUUGUCCCAUUCAUAUCUCCCUCUCAAACCCCAUUGUGUGAAUGGUUGAAUGUAUGUGUGUUUUGAUGGCAACGGAAUAACAGUCCCCUUAUAUAUACGAGUAAUAGGGCGCCCCUUUGGGGAACCUGGCCGGGGCUUAUACGGCACGCCUACGCUCAAAUAUAAGGGACCCCUCUUUGACCAAAGGGGAGAGGCCAAUUCGUGGAGAGUUAAUCUCGCGGUUCGACUGCCGUUGACCUGUUUCUGAGUGUUGACCUGGGAUUACUGCGGUUUCGUCCCUGCGCGAGCACGGCGGCCAGGAAACCAGGGAAGCGAGUCUUGUGUGUGACUGAAAAUGGGGAAAACACUAUCUAAGGAAGCUCUGUUUAUAAAAGAAUUAAAAGAAAGAAUUAAAGAGCGCAAUGUAGAAGUUAAGAAAAGAGAUCUGUUGCGCUUCUUCUCCUUUAUUGAACAACGCUGCCCGUGGCUCAUUCUCCAUGGCCCUGGCAUUCACCCCCUAACUUGGGAUAAGGUUGGCCGAGACCUUAAUGAUUUUGCACGCUCAGGUCAGCCCAUCCCUGAGGAUUUCUUUACCUUUUAUGGCCUGAUUCGGGACAUCCUUAAAGAGGCUGAUUCCAGCGCACAGGUCUCCCACCUCCUCAGCCUUGCUGAGGACGCUAUUGAGGAAAGUAAAAAACAGACUGAAGAAACCCCUGAAUUAGACAACAUGGAUAAAAAAUACAAAACCCUGUCUCAAGAAACCCCUGAAUUAGACGAACCUAUUAACACCCCCUCACACUUACCAGAACCACUGCCUCCCUCCCACAGACCCGCUCUCUAUCCUGUCCUUUACGAUAGCAAUACACCAGAGACCCUCAAUCCCGCAUACCAGACUGAACUGGAUGAGGUGGCAGCCAGAUACCACCCUCCAGACUUCCUUAAAAACAAACCCCCUCCCUACAAUCCACUUUACCCUUCCUCGAUUUUACCAACUCUUCCCAAUACAAAUGACCUAAAGAUAGCCACUGCUCAAUUAACUAAGCAAAUCACUGAUCUCAAACAAUUUAUAGACUUACAACAUGAGAUCGGCCACUUAACAAGCCAAUUACAUGACCUUCAGGUCGCCACCAUGAAACCAAUCUCACAUUCAAAAAAACCUAAAAACAACCCCUCCAAACUACAAAAGCCCCUCCUGGCCCUCCCGGUAGUUACCAGGCGUAGGACCACCACCGGUACCACCCCGGAGGAUGUAGACAUAGAGGAGAUCCCUGACGAACUGUCCCAACCCUACCAAAAUUCACCCCCCGUUUCCUCUGAAUCUGACAGAGAGGAGGGGGAUGAAGAAGCGAAUCAAGGGGUCCAUACCACCGAUACAAUCCAGCCCCAUGCCCACCCAUUUAAAAGACUUAAAUUCAAACAGAUUAAGGACCUCCAUUCAGCAGUAAAAAACUAUGGCCUUAAUGCUCCCUUUACCCUUUCUAUCUUGGAAAGUCUCGGGGGAGAUGGGCACUUACUCCCCUCAGAAUGGACUAAGGUUACACAAUCUGUCUUGUCUAGAGGCCAGUUUUUAACCUGGAAGGCAGAGUUUCAGGAAAGGGUAGAAAAUCAAGCAAAAUCAAAUCUCACAAACCCCCAAACAGCCAAUUGGACAGUAGACAAACUCAUCGGUCGUGGUCGUUAUGCCCCUGACACCGUGCAAUUGUGAUUGCCUCCUGGCCUC